AUGUACUCAAUAGGUCAGUUAAAGAAUUCAAUUUCCACAUUUAGAUUUAACAAAUACCAAGAUCAUGAUCAUUGGGAAAUUGAUGAUAGUGUAGUCAUAGUGUUGGUACACCAAAAUCGCCCAUUGUAUCGAAUUCAAAAUAUAGCUGGAAGAUUAUUUAAUCCUAAAAGAUCUAGCAUCAUAAGAUUAUCUAGUUAUUCUUCAGAACGUGUGAAUUAUGGAUAUCUAGAUGAACUAAUAGAAGAUGGGACCAAUUUAAAAAUUCAACUUCUUUCAAACUUAAAAACGUUCAUCCGAACGUAA